GUUGUAUUGCAUUGUGUAGGACUGGCCAACAUGAGAGGUUGUUAACAGAUCCUGUGGGUUAAUUGGGCUUGUCGCUUCUGUCUGCCAGUCUGCAGCGGAGAGGGAGGAGCGAGCUGGGGAUCUACAAUACUGACUCGUACUAGAAGUUCAAUCCGAAACCAACACAGUCGACACUUCAAGGCGCUUAGGGAGGUGUGAGAUGGUUCAGUUUUAUAGCAGAGAUUAAACUAUCGUGUAAACUUGAAUCUCCGUGCUCUGAAGCUCUGAAGCUAGCAGUGACCAUAUCCCGAAGAGGACAGUUUCUAACCUGAACAGGAAUCAGCAGCCUGUAUGAGGAUGCUUUUGUCUGAACAUCAAACCUGGAGGUAACCCCACGUCGACUGUGCUGCUACCAACCCUUGUAUCUAGGAGUGGAGAUGGUCCACUGGACCACACAGUGGGGGACAUGUGCCUGGCUCCAGACCCUGAUGGCCUUUGCCUUGGCCAACUGUUCCUCACUUGCCCCAAGCAAUGUCAACUACUCUGUGGUGUACACCAUGCCUUUUUUCCAGGCCCGGAGCCCGAUCCAGAACAUAGUCAACAACUCGUUUUACCAGGAGGUGUAUGUUGCUUCUCAGAACGUGAUUGAAGCUGUCAACAGAAGCUUGGAGAAGGUGUGGGAGCUUCGCACUGGGCCAGUUGGAAGCCCAGAGUGUCAGAUAUGCAAUUUGUGCAAUGUUGACAAAGAUCCAAAUUUUCUGGAGGACACAAACAAUCAGAUCUUGCUGUUGGAUACCCUCUUCAUGUAUUUAUACUCUUGUGGAAGUUCUCAGUAUGGUGUGUGCUAUUUUCACCAACUUACCUCAAAUGGAGAGUCGCCUUCUCUGUCGAAGUGUUUAUUCAGAAAGGAUUCAAACUCUGCUGCCUACUGUCCUGACUGUGUGGCUAGCCCUCUGGGCACCAAGGUGACAAUGGUUGAAGAGGGUCAGACUGUCUACUUCUUCAUUGCCACAACUGUUAAUGACAGUGUGACCCAGCGUUAUGGAAGGAAAUCUAUAUCAGUGCGUCGACCACUGGCAACAGAAGAUGGUUUCUACAGUGACGUGCGUGGCCUAACUGUUCUUCCAGGUUUACGGAGGACAUACAAUAUAGAAUAUGUGUACAGCUUUUUCACUCAGGAGUUUGUCUACUUCCUUUCUGUUCAGAGAGAGAGCCCUGAUCAGGGCUCAUCUCCGUUUCAGACUCGUCUUGGCCGUCUCCCACGGAAUGAAUGGGAGAUGAAGCGGUAUCGUGAGGUGAUCCUGGAGUGUCGCUUUGAACCAAAGCGCCGUAGAAGGAACGUUGUCAGUGAACCUUAUAAAGAUGUGGUAUACAAUGUGGUUCAGGCAGCCCACUUUGGCAGGGCUGGCAGGGAGCUGGCAGAGGAGUUAGGGGCAGAGGAGGAAGAUGACAUCCUUUACGGGGUUUUUGCUGUAACUGAUGACAAUGGGGUGACGGAGCAUGACUCAGCACUAUGCGCCUUCCCGAUGGAUAAUGUUAACAAAGCAAUCGUAGACGGGGUGGAUGACUGCUGUGAGUCUGGCCCAGAACAGCUCUCCAGAGGGCUCUGCCAUUUUCAGCCCUGUGAGAGCUGUCCACACGAGAGCAUGGAGAACAAUGCCACAUGCAGAGACCAUCCUACGAUGGUGUCAAAGCCUUACUAUAGAGUUGACCUCUUCAACAGGCAGAUGACAGACGUCCUGCUCACAUCUCUGCUGGUCACAACUAUAGAGAACAAGACUGUAGCUCAUAUCGGCACCUCUACUGGACGCCUGCUGCAGCUUGUAUUGACAAGAUCCAGCCCUGUUAUCUUUGCCAAUUACUCUUUGGUUGAGAACAAGAGAGUGUCAUCAAUUGCUACUGUCUACUCAUCAGAGUAUCUUCUUUUUGUUGUUGGAGAUAAGAUGUUCCAGGUUCCCCAGCGAGGGCCAGGCUGUCAACACUUCCUCACCUGUGCAAUGUGUCUGACAGCCCCCAAGUUUAUGGGCUGUGGCUGGUGCUCUGGAGUGUGCUCCUGGAAGAGUGAGUGUCACAGGCGCUGGAGGAACGAGUCCUGCCCACCAGUGAUCACUGGGUUCUUUCCACGGACUGCUCCCCCUGAUGGUCAAACAGAGCUUACAGUGUGUGGAUGGGAGUUCCAGUCGCCUUUAAGGCCUGCCAUCACCUCCAGAACCCACCAGGUCCGACUGGGACAGACACCUUGCGCUGUGAUUUCAGCCAAAAGCAAUACGACACACCUGGUGUGCAAGAUUCGCUCUGGAGCCACCGAGCUGUCAAAACCAGUCAACAUUACAAUGGAGGUGCAUGAGGGCAAGGUGGACGGCCGCUACUCUAUCGAUGGGAAGGCAGAAAUUCCAGGAUUCACAUUUGUGAUUCCAAACAUCACAGAAAUCCAGCCCAACUACGGGCCUCGUGUUGGGGGCACACUCAUCACAGUGUCAGGGCCUCACUUGGACGCUGGGAGGACAAGGAGAGUCACUCUGAAUGACAUGCCCUGUCCAAUAAAAAGAGUCACAAAGGCUAAAGGCAAUGUGUCCUCCAUCAUCUGUCUGUCCCAGCAAAUCUCAGAGGUGAGGGACGUUCCUCUGAGUGUUUUCAUCGACAAGUCACCUGUCCUAACAACAAAGGUGUUUUACUACAGAGAAAACCCAAAGAUUACAUCCAUCCUGCCGGGCUGUAGUUUUGACAGGGGGUCCAAGAUUGUAAUUGAGGGGGAAAACCUGGAUUCUGUUUACCGAACCAUCAUCCGCUUUAAACCCAAUGAGAGCCACUUAAAACCUGUGACAAGGGAGUGCAUAGGCAAGUCCUUGCCUACAAGGAUGGAGUGUCUCUCCCCUGUGUUCCAUAGAGAUGAGACGGAGAAAGGACAGCUUUCUUUUGACAUGGAUGGAGCUUUGGGACUUUGGAACAAAGAGUUCUCCUACCACCCCUAUGGCGAGCCCAUCCCUUUUGAAACAGAGGGACAUGUGCUGAGUUUGUACCCCGGGUUUGACGAAGUUUCAUUACAUCAUCAAAAGCUGAAUUUGGUGAGCUCCUGUAUGACCAUCAUUAUGACAGUGGCAGGUGUUAACUGUGAUGCAAAAGUCCUGGAUAAUGAGAUCACCUGCAGGAUCCCCAAAAACAUGACCAUUCCCAGUGAGGGGCUACCAGUGAAGAUCUCCAUCAACGGGCAGGUCCACAACGUUGGAGCUGUGGUGAGGGUCAGCAACCACUACAUGGUGGGCAUUGUUUUGGGGAUCUUGGCGGCUCUGGUGGCAGGGGCGGUGCUGGCCUUCAUUGUCAUGAAACACCUAAGGAAGAAGAAGAAAGCCUCAAUGGUAGAGAGCCGCUUGUCUCACAGUGUGAACCGCUCAGUUACAAACAAUGUGGAGCUGUCGCCAGUUGGAGACUACAGGAGAGUAGUAUCCCUGAAUCCUCCCUCCCCACUGGUGGGGCCGGUGGUGUUCCCCAGGCUAGCCUACGCUGCAGGUAACAUUGAUCCUACCCACACUCCCCUCAUGCCUACAGAUAAGAUCUCCAUCUCCAGCUUUAGGCCGGAGCUGCUGGAGGAGGUGAAGGACGUUCUUAUUCCUGCUGAGAUGCUUCUUGUGCAGCACCACCGCAUCAUAGGGAAGGGUCAUUUUGGGACUGUCUAUCACGGCUACUUCAAAGACCACAACAACAGAGAAAUCCACUGCGCUGUCAAGUCUUUGAAUAGAAUAACAGAUGUUGAGGAGGUGGAGCAGUUUCUGAAGGAAGGCAUCAUAAUGAAGGGUUUCCACCACAGUAAUGUGUUGUCUCUGCUUGGCAUCCUCCUGCCACAGGAAGGGCUCCCUCUAGUGGUGCUACCAUAUAUGAAGCAUGGGGACCUGCGGCACUUUAUACGCUGCGAGAAGCGGAACCCCACUGUAAAGGAUCUGAUUGGCUUUGGGCUGCAGGUUGCCAAAGGGAUGGAAUAUUUGGCUCAGAAGAAAUUUGUGCACAGGGAUCUCGCAGCACGUAACUGCAUGCUGGACGAGUCAUACACGGUCAAGGUUGCAGACUUCGGCAUGGCCAGAGAUGUUUUCGAUAAAGAGUAUUACAGCGUUCAGGAUCACAGGAAAGCCAAGCUGCCCGUUAAGUGGAUGGCCAUCGAGAGUCUGCAGACACAGAAAUUCACCUCCAAGUCUGAUGUUUGGUCCUUUGGUGUGCUGAUGUGGGAGAUGCUGACCAGAGGAGCCAGCCCCUACCCAGAGGUGGACCCCUAUGAUAUAACACAUUACUUACUGAAGGGCAGAAGACUUCCCCAGCCUCAGUACUGCCCUGACCCUUUGUACAGCAUUAUGCUUGAGUGCUGGGACCCUGAUCCAGAGUUGAGGCCCAGCUUUGCUACAUUGGUGUCAGCUGUGUCCACCAUUCUUUCUGACCUGGAGGGAGAACACUACAUCAGUCUGAACAUUACCUACGUCAACCUGGACCAACCAAGGCCCUACCCGGCCCUCACAGAGUCUGCUGACGAAUAUGACUCAACGGAUGUUGAAGACUCAGGCUCAGUCUCCUCCUGAGCCACUCCUCUUCCCCCUUUGACUUUAUGCUGAUAUCAAUGCUAGCAGCAAGAGCACAAAGAAAACCCACUGCCAGACCACAAUGUGUCUCAAACAGUAUCUGAAACAGAGACAUUCCUAAUGUGUUUGUGCAAGAAAGUGGUUGUAAGAUCCUUUCACUGGACAAAGCAGACCCUCAGGCAGCUUUGGAAGUUCAAAACUUUUGCAGCUUACAGUAGAUGAAGUUCAAGCUUCCAAACUCACAUCUUAAAAGUAUUGAAUAGACAUGUAUCCAUUUUUAUUCACUGCCACAAGAUUUCACUGGUCAUUUUUUUGAGCUGGCUCAACAAAUUAAGUCUUGUUAAUACUUCUUAUAUGUUCCUUGAAAAGUUAGCUUACACUGGGAUACUACAUGUGUGCAGGUUAGCUAGAAAGCUAAAAACUUCAGUUUCAGAAACAGUUUCAGAUUAAUAGACAUUGAUUUUCUCACAUACAUUUUUUUCAAUUCAAUUAAAAAAAUACUGUAUUUGUUAUAAGCUGUUUUUUUUCAAAGUAUUGGCUGCAGUAUUAAGGAAACAAGUAAAGAAAAGCUAAGCUACAAUGCAAAGUGAAGUCCAUAUAAUUCAGUAACACAUUCAUUUAUUUUUUUACAUCUUAAAAUGUAGUGCACUGCUACAGCAGCAGGGCCAUUUGUAUACAUAUAUGUUCUUUGAGCUUUGCUUCAAACUGUGUUUCAACUGUGCUGAACUCAAGUCCUGCACAGAAAUGAUCAUCAAACUCUUCACUGUCUUUAAUUCUAAAUGUCUUUGUAGUGGCUGUUAGAGGCAGACAUACAAGGAAAAUAUAUUUCUAUCAUUUUUAACUGUGGUUGGUACAUCCAGCUUGUAAUGCUCUGAAUUAUGUGACCAUACACUGCUACUUACACAGAAAUAUUUAUUUUGCCACCCACAGCAUAGUGUACUGUUACGUUUGAAGAGCCCAUGUGUGUAUAUGUUUAGUUAGACAAAACCUUUGCUUUUAAUUGUUUUCUAGUGUACCUUAAGUAAUGUAUGCUUUGGACUAAUACUUUUUAGGGCACAAUGCUCCACAAACACCGAACCUUUGGCUUGUAUAUCUGACACAAUGUCUUUGAGUUCGUGUAAUAAAUUAAGUAUUUAUUUGUUUAUAGA